UCCAUCCAGAUUAUAAUCUAUCCUUCCAGGCGAAAAUGUUGCAGUGGAAUUAUUGGCCCAAAUUCAGAACAUUACUGAGGAACAGCACUGAGUUCGUCUGGUUCUCCUACUCCACUCCAACUCCACGGAGUACCAGCCAAAUCUUCACCCUCCUGCUCAUGUGCCUUGCUAUCUCAGUGAGUACUGCAGCACUGCUGUUCCACUGGCUGAGUGACCUCCUGAUGUACGACCCACUCACCGCAGGCAUCUCCACGGGGAUCUACGGCAUAGCUGUGCUCAUCUUCUCAUUCCUCAUUCAUCCUUUUCGAUGUGCAUUUACUCUGAUGUUUCCAACAAUGGGUACCAGACAGGGACGUAAACUUGUCCUUUCCAUGUGUGCGAUGAUCGUGAUUCUUUACAUUCUUCCCAACAUUGCUGCUAAUAUAGCUACAAUUACACACCUGGUCAAAUGCACAACAGAAAACCUUGCUCGUAGCCUCCUCAGCUCAGCUGAGUUGAGCAACAAAAUAAAGAGUGACAUAGUUGGUAAAAUUCAAACAAUUAAAAACACUGGAUUUCACUUUGUGGAGAGGCUCAGUAACUUUAACCACUCUACAGACAUUAAAGUGAGUGAGCUGAGAGAAAGUUUGAACAACUUGAGCAAACAUGUUGAGGAGGAUUUUUCAAACGCCAAACAGCAGCUAGAGGAAUGGAAACUGCUCUCAAGCAGAAUAUUUGCUGCUGUUUUUGUGGUCUAUCUUUUCAUGGACUCCACCAUUUACCUGAAGUCGUACCUAACCUCGGUGAGAUUCGAUAAUGUCUACAUCACCGGACUGCUCAGAAAAACUGCAAAUGAUAGGGGGAUCAAGGUCGAAGCAAAGGAUGUGAAGAAUGGAGUGAACUCCACUAGUUUCAGAAUGACAAAAAGAGAACUGAUUAGGUGUUUAGUUCCCAUUCUGCAGAUCACACUGUAUCUGUUGAUGACAGUCAUGCUGAUAAUGCUUGACCACAUUGUGUUCUAUCUUGUAGCAACAGGCGAGAGUUGGCUAUUGGACAUACCGUCCACAGAUAUUUCCAUACAGGUCAAUUUUACGGUCGAUUAUCAGUACUGCUCUUUUUUGUAUUGCAUCAAUGAAAAGAUGGUGAACAUCAGUAAAAUGCACAGUGCCAUCAUCAGUCCAGACGCAGCCCAGUGCAAGACCAAGCCAAGCAUGCUGAAUCCAGGUGUGUUGGGUUCAUUGGGCCUGCUCUAUCUCCUUAGUUACUCCCUUGCCUUCCUGGAGGUCUAUGCUCGACGCCUUCGCAGGAAAGUGGCCUCUUCAUUCUUCCAGCAGCAGGAAAUGGAAAGAAUCAAAUUCCUUAUUGGGAAAAUUAUUCUAAACAAGGAGAGGUGUCCCAAAAGCUUCUCUUCUACAGAAGCAGAAACUAAAAUUGAGAAGGAGAUGCAGAGAAAUGAUGAGGUGGAAUCAAGAGAUUAGUCUCAGGGUCAGUCGUAUACAUUUUAUAACCUGCACGAGACCAGUACUGUAUAGAAGUAAAAGCAGUAAGAUUAAGACCAGUGAUGAGAACCUGUGCUCUACUUCAAAUUUUAAUUUGGAUUCCAUUAGUAAAAUGCAUUCCUUAAUAACGAUUUCACUUAACAUUAUAUUAUUACCACAAAAAUUUGAGUCAAAAGUAACCAACUAAGAUACUGAAAUAUUGCAUAAAUUUCAGAUUUUUUUGUUUGAAAGUUUGUGCAAAAUCGACCUCAACAUGUGCUUGAAUAGAAAGGAAAAAACAGACUUUUACUUCAUUAACAGGCUACUAGAGAUGCUCUGUAGGCGACUCUGCCAGUCUGCAGUGACAGCUGAGAAGCGGUAAAGUUCAGCUCCUCACUGCUGGUCUAGUUAAAUUUAGGGCAUCAUAGGCUUUUAAAAAGGAGGGGAUGUGAUGAUUAUUUUGUUAUUGUCCAACCCCAAUUCUUUGGUAAUAUGAAGCUGAAGUCAGCCAUUUCCUAGCUUCUUGCUCAAAUUUUCCUGAUCCACCUUAAAUGGAGCAGCAGAUACAUUCUGGUUUUUCUUUUUUUCUCAUAACACUCUGUUUGGAGUGUGCCUCUGAAAAACCUCUGUUUGCAGGACCAUGUAAUUGUAGCACUUCGUCGCACCCCUCUAUCUCACCAAAAAUCGGGACACCCUAACCCUUAGGCAUGAAAGUGCAAAACAGAGGGCUAAAAGCUAAGAAAUAGGGGCAAGAGGGUCAAAUGCGAUUGGGCCCUAAUAUCAUAUAUUUGAUUAAAUGUAAAUAGUGAUUUAGAAAUUGCAGAAAGUGCAGACUUUGAAAUAAUUCUUCUUUCACUUGCCAUAGAUUUUUAAUGUGGUUGCAGACUUUUGGAUGCCACUGUAUGUAUGAGGCAAAACUCAAGCUUUGGUAGCCUCCUACCAGAUGCAUCAUUCUUGGCUUGAGAAGAAUAUUGCUACCUGAGCAUUACAUGGAGAUAAGGACAAUGAUGACAAUUUUCUGCCUUUGAAAUCUCUAACUUACUAAUGUACAAAUUACAAACAUGAUUGUUUUAUGAUUGUUAAAAAUCAUAAUAUAUUUGCUAUUAAUUUUGUACUUUCUACUCUAUAAAUAUGAGUAUAGUAGAUACAGUAAGAUUUAUUUAAAUUUAUGCUAUUUAAAUAUUACAUAAUGCAGUUCAUUUCUUCAUCACUGUAGCAGAAAGCAGGAUGUGAUGUCUCCUACCUUCCACUUGAUGUCAGUAAUCUGACUGUAGACAUAAUCAGGCAAUGAUAUGGUAUAGUGUAGUAUAGCUUUAGAGAGAACUGUUUUUUAGAAGCAUCUUAGUACAAAUAUAUCUCAAAUGGUAGAGCGAGCAUCACUUUGAACACUCUCUGUAUCAGUGAACAUGAUCUUAAUACUAAGAUACUUUUUGGGAAACUGGGCCCUGAUCAGUACAGUUAUACAUGAGAAAUGCCAGUUUUAAAAUGCUAGUUGAUUUGGUUUGUUUGUUAUUUGUGUUUUUAAUGCAUAUAUGUGCACUGAUUUAGUGAUAGGACUUCCAGAAUAAGCAUAUUUAACAUGAAGGUGCAGUAUAUUAUUAAAAAUAAAUAAUACUAAAAGGUUCUUGGCUUAAAGAAAUGGUAAAAAAUCCCAGGUUACAGAAUUUUCCACUUACUGCAGAUGCAGUAAAUCUGUCCAAACAUGUUUGGUGUCUGAAUUUUACUUCUUUAGUUCUAAAGCUAUGAGGCUAAUAUUUUUAAACACUAGAUGUCAACAGACACCUAGUCUUUUCACAAUAUUCUUAUUUUUUUAACCCACCAGGUUUAUUUACGCUGUACGUUUUUUAAUUUUUAAUAAGGUUUAGUCAUUUUAAAGAUGAUGUUACUUCUAAUUCACUUACAUAUUAAUAUUGAAUUUUCUAACCAAACUUAAACAGAAAUCAGAUCUAAUCUAGCAUCCAUUUACCUAUGUGCUUUGUAUGCAUGUGAAGAGGAGAUGCCUGACCUCAGCAUUUGGCUACAGAGUGAACUUUUGUUUUUAAUAGUUUACAUUAAUUCAUCCUGGGCCUAAAUCAAAAUGAUCAAGUCUGCACAAUCUUAAUGAAGACCUGCAUGUGAUUUGAGUGGGUUAAGAGAAGUUUUGAGGAUGUAUUUAAAGAAACGUUUUGGGUGACUAUCGACUCCUAGUGUUUUUAGCUAUGUUAGCCACAUAGCUCUGGCCUUAACCUGAAGAAACAAAAUUUGGACACAAAACAUUUCAGGUUUUCAACUACAUUUGGGAUGAGUGGAUGAUUGUAUAUGUUAGAUUUUUCACCAAAGCCUGCUUUGGAACCUUUGUGUUAAAAGUGCACAGUAAAUAGUUGAGUAGGGUUCUGAUGCCAGCCUUCAUGCCCUUGUAGUACAGUUAGCCUUUACAGAUGUGUAACAGAAUUAAUUAAGUGAAGUAAGGCUACAUAUUAACACCUAGCAGUGGAAGAUCUACUUAAAUCAUCAUCAAGCUACACAGUUGAUAGCGAUUUGGCAACUGCUUGUAUCCACAUUACAAUAUUCCAGAAGAAUAAGCUACUGCAAAUAGAGGUGUUCAUUCUCACAUAAAGAAUUAUUAUAAUAUUGUGCAAUGUGGGCAUCUUCUUGUAUUGUAAGAUGUUGGGCUUGAGUGACUGGAGAGGAUCUGAAAGUAUCUCCCUGAGGUUAGUGACAAAUGAGUCAGUCUCCAGGAACAGAUUUUUUUCCAUCUUUUAACAAUAAAGCUUUCCUUUUAUGCAACAUAGAUGUGUAUCAAGUUCAUGUUUCAAAAGUGACUCAGAUUGAUUAUUAGUGUCAUUGACAACCAGUGAAAGAGAUUUAGGUCAUACUGAACUGAGCAGUAUUCACAUUCUGCAGACUCGAGGGAGAAGUGAAAGUAGGAGAUUAAUCAUAACAGUAUGAUAACAAGACCAGCAUGAUAAUGAUACUCUUUUCUUCUGAUUAUUCAGUUAGUUAAGCACAUGCUUCUAAUUAUAAGAGUCUUUUCCAUGUCUCAGUGGUGGAUGUCACUUGAAACUGUGGUGGAUGUAACUGGAAACUGUUAUAAAAUAAAAUGUGUGUUAAGUUA